AUGUCGCAAUCUGAUGAAUCCAUGGAACAAGAAUUAUCAAAUUUUUACCAAACAUUGAAACAAUCCAUACAGGACCCCAACUCAACCACAGCAAACACAUUAAGAGCACAAAAGGCAAGGGGCAAACUAUCUAAAUUAUCCAUUGCCCAAGUAUACGAACUAACCACGGAUGUGCAUGACGAAUUGCAAAGACGAACCGCAACUAAGAAGGGUCAACAACAACAACAUGAAUACUUAUUACCAAGGGCCGAAUUUCAUACUAAGAGAAACCAAGCCAGGCAAAAAUUGGCGACGUUAUCCGGGACAAGAUUCGACGAUUUAUUGCAUGAUAUCUUUGGUGAGUUGCAGAGACGUGGGUUUGACAAGCUUAGGAAGAUAGAACCAUCAAAACCCUUACAAUCGUCCGUAGUCAAACCUUUGAAGGCGCAGAUAGAUUGGUCCUCCUCUGAAGGUGAAGAGGAUGAAACUGAAGAAGAUGAAGUUAAGAUUCACAAAACAUUAGACUUGGAUGAUGUUUCUAAUUUGGAAACAAAUGUUCAGAGGAAAAGACAAUUGAAUAAUGAAAUUUCACAACAGGAGAUUUCCUCAAUACGAUCAUCCAUGACACCAGAUGAUGAUACGACGCCGUUGCUACCACAUCAAAAAUUCAAUAAUAACAACAACAUCAGCAAAGAUAAUGUAUUAAAAUUGAACUCCAAGAUUGAUGAAUACAUUAAUUCAACAAAUUCCAUCGAUGACACCAUUAAUUUAAACCAUUCUCCCGUGUCAAAACAUGCUGAAUUCAAAAGGCUGUCCAGGCCAAUUAGAGACUCUCAAGUAAUAAAUAAUAUUCAACUUCAAUUAUCAAACUUAACAAUACAAAACGAAAAAUUAUCCAUCGAAAAUGAAACUUUGAAACAGACAAUCAUCGAAUUGCAAUUACAUGCUAAGGCAGACCCUGUCAAAGAAAAGCAAUUUAUAAAACCAUCAUAUGUCAACCCUAAAAGAUUGGCUAAGUAUAUUGACUCUCAAGGGUUUAUACCAUUAGACGCUAUCGAUAUCAUUUACAAGUGGAUUUAUAAGUUUUUUGAUGUAAUGGCAAAUGCCAAUACUAGUGAGGAUGAUGACCCAAAAGCUCAGAAAAAAACUUCUAAGCAACUGUUUGAAGUAAUAUCCAAAAUAUCACAUAAUAUUUCACAAAUUCUUUUAUUGGUAGAUGUUCCGGAAUUUCAAGAUCAAGUAGUGUUACUGAGAGCAUCAUUAUCACAUGCUAUAACGUCAAUUAGAUAUUAUUCCAUCUAUGGACCAUUACUUCCCAAGAUUACUAUUCAAGCAGCUGUCUCAGAAGUAGCAUUUGCAUUUUGUCAGUUGGUAAGUAAAUGCAAGAUUAGAAUGCCUCCCCAUCCAACACCAUCCAUGGCGAAGGAGCCAUAUAUUGAAACACCAAAAUUACCGGAUUUCAACGAGUCCUCACCAAAAGCCAUAAAUAGCCCUGCCAAUUUUGCCAUGUUCCUACAUCAUGACAAAGAUCAAGGUGAACAACGUAAUGGAGCAAUACCUGGUACGACCAGGUCACCGGUGAAGCUAUUAAAGAUUUCAGAGAAAGUAAAUUCUGCCAAUAAUAGUAGCAACAACGUAAGUAUAGAUAGUGAUUCAAGAACGCCAUCAAAUAAUGUGAUUUUCUCUCAGGUAAUCAAUAAAGUAACAAAUGGUAAAUCUAUUGAAGAGAAUAAUAAAAGGAAUCCUAAUGGAGUAUUAUCACCAAGACUAACACCAAUAAACACCGGUCAGCCACCUGCCCCAAGAAACUUAAGAGGUUCGCAUCAUAUUGAUAACGUCAAUCAUCAAAUACCCAUUGAUCAACAACGAAUAGCGACGGAAAAGAUAAAGACGUUUGAAUCUAGUAAUGGGAUUGGAUUAAGGAUACGAUCUCCUCAUAUCAAUAAUGAUCGAACACAAAGUAGCAAGAAGGGGAAUAGUAUUUUCGAUAUUAAUGAUGAGAAUAAUUCCAUUUCUGAUUUAUUAGUAUACUUAGAACCUCAAACGAUGAGGGUCAUUCAGAAUACUCAAAAAUUGUUAGAUUAUAUCAAAUCUGAAAAUUCGAGGCAAAUUGAUUUGAGACAAUUAUCUAACUCCAUUGCUAUUUUAAUUAGGCGAAUGACUCAUGCCACUAAGAAUGUUAUGUCACAAUCCAGAUACUUCAAGCUAAGAGAAAAUGGUAAAUGGAUAAUUGAUAGUUUAGAUGACUGUAUCAAGAGAAUAACACAAGUGUGUCAAUUAAAUGAAAAUGGUUCCUUGAAUGAAGGUGUCACUGGUGACUUCGCCCUAGCUGGGCAAAUUUUAAAACAAAAAUUGGCUGGAAUAGCAUUUGAUCUAUCUAAAUGUACCAAGGAGUUGGUCAAGGUUGUCGAAGAUACCGGCAAAUUAUAG